UGAAUGCGGGGUCCGGGGAGAGCGGAUAUAGUGAAUGCGAGGUCCGGGGAGAGCGGAUAUAGUGAAUGCGGGGUCCGGGGAGAGCGGAUAUAGUGAAUGCGGGGUCCGGGGUGAGCGGAUAUAGUGAAUGCGGGGUCCGGGGUGAGCGGAUAUAGUGAAUGCGGGGUCCGGGGGGGGAGGAUAUAGUGAAUGCGGGGUCCGGGGAGAGCGGAUAUAGUGAAUGCGGGGUCCGGGGGAGAGCGGAUAUAGGGAAUGCGGGGUCCGGGGAGAGCGGGUAUAGUGAAUGCGGGGUGGGUCCGGGGAGAGCGGAUGUAGUGAAUGCGGGGUCCGGGGAGAGCGGAUAUAGUGAAUGCGGGGUCCGGGGGGAGACCGGAUAUAGGGAAUGCGGGGUCCGGGGAGAGCGGAUAUAGGGAAUGCGGGGUCCGGGGAGA